AUGCGUCAUAAAAGGAGGAAGGUUUGGCUGCAGUCCCUGAGGAGAGCACAGGCAGGCGGCUGCAGGGGUUUCCCAGGGUCGCGGACAGGCGGCACGGUGUUGGCCACAGCGCCCGCUGCCACCAGUGAGCUGAAGAAGGCGGCGAGCGGCUCCAAGGCCCGUGAGCCCGCGGGGCCCAGGGUCACCGAGCUGAUCACCAAGGCUGUGCAUGGCUCCAAGGAGUGCAAGGGGUUCUCCCUUGCCCCGCUCAGGAAGGCGCUGGCCACCAGUGGCUACAACGUGGAGAAGAACAAGAGCCGCAUCAAGCUGGGGCCCAGGAGCCUCAUCAGCAAUGGCACCCUGGUGCAGACCAAGGGCAUCGGUGCCUCUGGCUCUUUCAAGCUGAACAAGAAGCUAGGUGAGACAAAAGAAAAGGCAAAAAGGAAAACAGCUGCCAAGCCUAAGAAGCCGGCAGCCAAGAAGCCCACCAACUCUGCUAAGAAGCCCAAGAAAGCGGCGGCGGUGAAGACGAGUCCCGAGGAAGUGAAGAAGCUGGCAGGCACAGCAGCCAAGAAAGCAGCCAAGAGUCCCAAGAGAGCCCCACAGGCGGGCCACCCCAAAAAGGCAGUGAAGAGUCCAGCUAAGGCGAAAGCAGUGAAGUCCAAAGCAGCCAAGCCAAAGGCAGCCAAACCCAAAGCAGCCAAGGCAAAGAAGUCAGUGCCAAAAAAGAAGUAA